GCUUCCUUCCCUCUAUUUAAAAACCUUAGUAUCCGGUUUUUAUUCUAUCACCAAGGAACACACAACACCAUUUGCAAAAGUUCUCUUUGUGUCUAUCAUCAGUGAGUAUCAGAAAUGAGAGGGAUGAAGAGUUUAGCCAUUUGGGCUCUAUUUGCUGCUUUACUCUCACAGCAGCUCUUUGCUUCUGUUGCUUCCAUAAGGUUCGAGGAUGCGAAAACAUACUACUCUCCUCCUGACCCAAAUGCAGGAACUCCUCCCCCUGUCUCACAUGGAACUCCUCCAUCACACGGUGGAAGCUACACUCCAACUCCUGCGACUCCAUCAUACACGCCUCCUUCUAACUGUGGAAGUCCACCUUACGACCCUACUCCUUCAACUCCAUCUCACCCUUCACCUCCAUCUCACCCAACACCAUCUCACCCUUUACCUCCAUCACAUACUCCAACCCCAUCUCACCCUUCACCUCCAUCUCAUACUCCAACUCCUUCCACUCCAUCACACACCCCUCCUUGUAACUGUGGGACACCACAUCAUGAUCCUUCCACGCCUUCACAUCCUUCAACGCCUUCACACCCUUCAACGCCUUCCCACCCAACGCCUUCAAAUCCUCCUUCUGGUGGAUAUUACUCAUCUCCUCCCCCAAGUACUCCAGUCGUUGUGACUCCACCAACACCCAUUGUUGACCCAGGCACACCCAUCAUUGGAGGAAGCCCACCAACUCCCAUUAUUGAUCCUGGCACUCCUGGAACUCCUUUUGUUCCUGCUCCAUUCCCACCAAUCACUGGAACAUGCGAUUACUGGAGAAACCACCCUACAUUGAUUUGGGGUUUGCUUGGCUGGUGGGGCACUGUUGGAGGAGCUUUUGGUACAGUCAGUACCUCCAGUAGCAUUCCAGGGUUUGAUCCUCACAUGAACCUUCUUCAGGCACUUUCCAACACCCGCUCUGAUUCCAUUGGUGCUCUCUACCGUGAAGGCACAGCGUCUUGGUUAAACUCCAUGGUCAACACUAGGUUCCCUUUCACAACCCCUCAAGUUAGAGACCACUUUGUUGCAGGACUUUCCUCAAACAAGGCAGCCACAAAGCAGGCCCAUACCUUCAAGCUCGCUAAUGAAGGUCGUCUACAGCCCAGAAUCUGAAGUUAAGAGAGUUUCAUGUCUCAGUUUGUUUGUUGGUUCAUAUCAAAAUCAGUCUUAAUUAAUUAUCUUAUUAUGUGUGUGCUCAUCAGUAGAGUUUUAAGUGUCCUAUAGACUCUAGUAAUAUUUAUAUUUAAUGUUGCUGUUUCAAAAUAUUUCUUGAUCUUAAAUAAGAUUUAGUAGCUCCUCUGUUUCUCAA